GAGAGAGAGUGAGAGGGCGGGAGAGAGAGAGAGAGGGAGAGAGUGAGGGAGAGAGAGGGAGAGAGAGAGAGUGAGGGAGAGGGAGAGGGAGAGAGAGAGAGAGAGAGAGAGUGAGAGAGAGUGAGGGAGAGAGAGAGAGGGAGGGAGAGUGUGGUUCACUUCAGUCCUUUUAUUCGGACCUGCCGCUGAAUGGAGGACACACACUCCACGCAGGUGAGGAUGUCUGCUAAAGCUCCGGAUGAUAAUGAUGAGGAACAGAUGAUGGAGUAUUUCACACAGCAGGUUUUCCUCCUGAAGGAGAAAGCCAUGCUGCAGGCGUCAGUGAGGGAGGAGAAGAAGCUGUUGGUUGAAAAUGGCAAACUGAAGAAAGACAUCGAUGAUCUGAAGAAACUGCUGCACGACACACAAAGAAGGAAAGCAGGUACUGAAUUCACAAACACCCCAAACCAUACCACAACUUCUGACAUGUUUACAAUAAAAAAAGAAUAA